UCGCGCGGUGGCGGUGGGGGCGCCAUGGCGGUGAACUACAGCGCCAAGGAGGAGGCGGACGGGCACCCCUCGGGCGGCGUCGGGGUGCCGGGCGGAGGCGCGGUGGGCGGCGGUGGUGGGGGCGCCGUGAAGACCCGCAAGCCCGACAACACCGCGUUCAAACAGCAGCGGCUGCCGGCUUGGCAACCCAUCCUGACGGCGGGCACGGUGCUUCCGGCCUUCUUCAUCAUCGGCCUCAUCUUCAUCCCCAUCGGCAUCGGCAUCUUCGUCACCUCCAACAACAUCCGCGAGUACGAGAUAGACUACACGGGAACAGAACCUUCUAGUCCCUGCAACAAAUGCUUAAAUGUGUCCUGGGACAGCCCAUGUACAUGCACCAUCAAUUUCACACUAGAACAUUCAUUUGAGAGCAAUGUAUUCAUGUAUUAUGGACUUUCCAACUUCUAUCAAAACCACCGUCGUUACGUGAAAUCUCGAGAUGACAGCCAGCUGAAUGGAGACAACAGAUCACUACAUAAUCCAAGUAAGGAAUGUGAGCCUUACCGCACAAAUGAGGACAAACCCAUUGCUCCUUGUGGAGCUAUUGCCAACAGUAUGUUUAAUGAUACACUGGAGUUAUACCGCAUUGAUAAUGACACAAGGACUCCAAUUACUUUGAUCAAAAAAGGCAUUGCAUGGUGGACAGAUAAAAAUGUAAAGUUCAGGAAUCCUACAGGAGAUGGAAACAACUUAACUGCACUUUUCCAAGGCACAACAAAACCUGUGAACUGGCCCAAGCCAGUGUAUAUGCUGGACACAGAGCCUGACAACAAUGGCUUUAUCAAUGAGGACUUCAUUGUGUGGAUGCGCACAGCUGCUCUGCCAACAUUUCGCAAGCUCUAUCGUCUCAUCGAAAGGAAGAAUAACUAUCAGCCUACCUUACAGGCUGGAAAAUAUUCUUUGGAUAUUGCAUACAAUUAUCCUGUACACAGUUUUGAUGGACGAAAAAGGAUGAUCCUGAGCACCAUUUCGUGGAUGGGAGGCAAAAAUCCCUUCCUGGGAAUUGCUUACAUCACUGUUGGGUCCAUAUGCUUCUUCUUAGGAGUGGUAUUGCUGUUCAUUCAUCACAAAUACGGCAAUCGAAACACCAGUGCAGACAUUCCCAAUUAAUCUUGCAUUCUGAAAAUAACUGUACUGCAUGUGCAUCAAGGCCAGUCCAGAAUGGACCCAGUUUUUGAAAGACAAAUCUCUGCUUCUGUCAUUUCUGAGACUGGGUGCAUAAUUUUUACCUAAAGCUCCCCUUUCCCAUACUGUGGAUUAACUCUUGAAAAUGACGGGUAUACAAUUAGCUCUAUUGAUUGUAUCUCAGCCUAUGUCAGAAACAAUUUUUCUGAUGUUUGCCUCUGACUGGGCAGGCCACAUGAUGCAUACAGCUCCCAUUCCCUUGAUGCAUCUGCUGCUUGUUCAUGUGCUGUGUAAUGUUGGUAUGAUUCAGUACAUUUGGAUUGUGUGGAGAAAGAUGGUUAUAAGAUGCUGUAAAUUGUUGACUUUCCAGAAUUCCGGUGUCAAUGCUGUUGGAAGAAGUCAAGUCUUAAAUGUUUUCUUCAAUUUACUGUCUUGUGUGCAUGGGCUCCUACAUUUCUUGCUGAGAUUUUAAUAUAUUUAUACAAGUUGUUAAAUAUUUUUCCUGUGUCCUACCCACCUCUGUUAUAUUAAAUCCUUUAAGUGCUCUGUAAACUUCAGCACUCUGGAUUCUUUGUAUAUUUACAAAUAUAUGUGCCUGGCCAGUAAGUGAGCAUCCUAUGAAAAUACCAGAAAACCUAUUUGUUAAUUAUCUGCGUGAGACCCUUUAAAAGAUUGAUCUAAAUUGGGACAUGCUUGUUGCAGGUAUAAUAUUUUUCUGAUUAUAUUUGCUCUAAGUCAUAUCCAAUACUAAUUCACUUUUUGCUGGUUUUGCUUUUUAUGAGCAGCACCAAGCAUUAAUCAAGAACUUAAAAGGUUUUUUUCCAUUCAUACAUUGGGUGAAUUCCUUUUACUUGGAGGAGUUUCCUAAUAUUUUUAAAGCAUAUGUAUUCUGAGCAGGCUUUGUUUUAAGGGAACUGUAUACUUUUUCCUUAUUUGGAGUGAACACCACAUUAAUUUUUUGCGGUGUUAAGGAAGUAAACUAUAGAAGUUCAGAAGUUGAGAUGGCAGUGACAUUUUUCCCUGAAAUGCAGGUUUAGCUUGCUGUGAAACAUAAUUUAAAUACUGCAGUUAGACACAAUGAGCAGGUUAGAGUCUUAAAUUACAGAAGGAUUCACCUUUAGGUUAAUUAAAAGUUAACUGCAACCUGUAAAAUACUACUUUUUGGUGACUUUUUUUUAGAUGAUGCACAGAAACUGUAAUGUAUAUGGCGGAGAUCACUUUAUAUGCAAUUAGCUUGAUAAAGUAUGGAGUAUAUUAAAAGAGACCUAAUAAAUUCUGCAAACCAUUUA